AGAACUACUGCAUUAAUUUAUAGGUUUAAGUACCCUCAGUAGUCAAGAGUCAAGACCACGUGGUUUUAGCAAAUCUUGUACAUUUGACCUGGACUGGAGUAGUAUAUAUACAAGGGACUGCGCCCUACACAAGUAUGCUCUUAAUUUCUUCACGCAUCCUCUACAACUUUCAUGGCCACUAUCCUCGCCUUUUUUCUCUUCCUCUUCUUUCUACUAUGGAUACUAAGAAAAGCUCGUAAAACAACACUUCCACCAGAAGCUGGUAGCGCCUGGCCUUUGAUUGGCCACCUCCACCAAUUAGGAGGGACAAAACCAACCCAUAUAACAUUGGGUAACAUGGCCGACAAGUAUGGAUCAAUCUUCAGUAUCAAGCUGGGAGUACAUCGUACUCUGAUAGUGAGCAGUUGGGAGAUAGCAAAAGAGUGCUUCACCACAAACGACAGAGCCUUUGCCAGCCGUCCAAAAUCUAUAGUUGCAGAACUCUUGGGCUACAACUAUGCCGCGUUUGUGCUUAGCCCUUAUGGUCCUCACUGGCGCCAAGUGCGUAAAAUAGCCACCGUCCAGUUUCUCUCAAACCACCGCGUUGAGAUUGUCAAAGACAUCCGAGAGUCUGAGGUAAAUAGAGCUGUGAAAGAGAUAUAUGAGGUCUGGGUGAAGAACAACAACGUGUUGGUAGAGAUGAAGAGAUGGUACGGAUCCAUAACCCUAAAUGUUGUAUUGCAGAUGGUUAUAGGGAGGCGAUUUGAUGGGAGUGGAACCAAGGAGGAGAAUGAAGCUAACGAUGAGUGCAUGAAGGUAUUAAGAGAUUUAUUUGAGUUGAGUAGUACAUUUGUGGUAGCAGAUGCGCUUCCUUACCUAAGGUGGUUGGACUUGGGAGGCUACCAGAAGGCCAUGAAGCGAACUGCAAAAGAAUUUGAUCGUGUGCUUCAAGGAUGGUUAGAAGAACAUAAGCAAAGGAAAGUUUCCAGUGAGGCAAAGGGACACCAAGAUCUUAUGGAUGUGAUGUUGUCUGUUGUUGCCGACGACGACGAAAAGAUAUCAAAUUAUGAUGCUGAUACAAUCAUUAAAGCUACAUGUCAGUCCCUUAUCAUAGCGGGCAUAGAUACAACAGCAACAACAUUGAUAUGGACUCUCUCUCUACUUCUUAACAACCAAGAAGCCCUAAAGAAAGCACAACAAGAGUUGGAUGUCCAGAUUGGCAGGGAGAGGCAAGUAAAGGAAUCAGACAUAAAAAAUCUAGUCUAUCUCCAAGCUAUCAUCAAAGAAGCAAUGCGUUUAUACCCUGCUGGACCGCUCACUAUCCCACGCGAGUCUAUGGAAGACUGCACUUUGGCAGGCUAUCACGUUCCAGCAGGCACACAACUCCUUGUUAAUAUUUCAAAGAUCCAUCGAGACCCACAUAUGUGGUCUGAUCCAAAUGAAUUUCAGCCAGAAAGAUUCCUUACAAGCCAUAAGGGUGUUGAUGUUAAGGGCCAACAUUUUGAAUUCUUACCAUUUGGUUCCGGUAGAAGAAUGUGCCCAGGAAUCUCAUUAGCAUUGCAAGUCAUGCAACUCACCCUUGCCACCUUGCUGCAUGCUUUUGAAAUUGCAACCCCAUCAGAUGAGCUCGUGGACAUGACCGAGAAAGUCGGACUUACCGACAUGAAAGCCACACCACUCGAAGUCCAUCUCACUCCACGACUUCCUGCUCAACUAUAUGCAUUGUUUGCUUAGAUAUUUGAUAACUAAAAUGGGAUCUACACUAGCUAUUAAUUUCAUAAUGAAUAAUACUAUUUAGUAGACUAUUAUUAAACUUCUAUACAAUUUGGAUAAUGUGGCAGUAAAAGUUAACAUUGUUUUACAAGUUUUGAUCAUAUGGCUAAUUUCACUUCCACAUUAUUAUGUUGUAUGAUAAUUAUAUAACAAUUUACUAAAUUGUAUUACGCGUUAUAAUUAGUGUGCGCAAGGAUUAUUCUCUUAUGUUUUUCUUUUUACAUUUUGAGCUUUUGGGGUUUAGUUAUGUGUUAUGUGGCAUGAAUCAUACACGAUCAAGGAGACGUAGGCGUGGAAUAAAAGGACUCCUGAAAUAAGAGGGUAUCUUUUUAGUAGUUUAGUAGUAGUAUUUAUCAAUAUCGGUCGUUGAAACCCAAUGUAA